AAAAAAAAACUUUUAGGCUUUUGUGGUUUUUAUCUAAACACUAUGGCUAAAAAUGCAAGCACGGUCUCAGGAAAUUCUAAUUUGCUUGUGGAGGAAGAAGCACAUGACUCUGUGUUGAAGCUGAGAGAAGAACCAUUGGAGCUGAAUGUAAGGGCCAAAAAGAAAAAAAACAAGAAAAGGAAAAACAGGAAUAUGGAAGUAAAUGAAUCAGCUGCAAGGUUUCUUUACUGUGAAACUCCGUCUGAAGAGAGUGAAGGGGUAUUGCCUUCUCCGAGGAUGGUCAAAACAAAGAAGCUUCGCCCUUUCUCAAAAGUGUGGAGCGAUGAAGAUGAAAUCACCAUACUUGAAGGCAUAAUUAGGUUCAAGACAGAAACAGGGCUUGAUGCAGCACAGAAUAUGGUGAUAUUUUAUCCAUUUAUCCGUAAGUCACUUGUUCUCGACGCUACGCUGAUCCAAGUAAGAGAAAAGGUACGCCGUUUUAGAGAAAAAUAUGCAAAAAGCGCUAAGAAUGGAAGUGGUUCUAGAACCGUGCAUGAAGAGAAAUUGUUCCAUUUAUGUGAGGAAAUAUGGACGGUUAAUGCCAAGCAAGAGCCAGAACAGCCUAACUCAUCUAGAACAGGGGAACACCAGAAUCUACUGGUAAAUUGGCAGGGGGAGAAGGAGAAUGUUCCAGAAAUGGGGCAGAGGGAGAAGCUGAAUACUCCAGAGAUUGGGCGGCCUAGACUUAUCCCGGAAACUGGAUUGAGUGGGCAAGCUUUUGAAGCUGUGUUAGAGCGACUAUGGACAGAUAUGGACCUUGUUAUAAAUUCAAAGGCAUAUUUGCACGGAAAUCAAAAGGCAGUUGACAAAAGAGCUCUUGAUCUUUAUUUCGAUUGUUCUAAAUUAAGGAUAAAGUUUGGGACAUUAGUGUAUGAGAAAGCGAGUUCGCCUGAGUUGCGAGAUUCUCCGGAGCUACUGGAACAGGAGGUAUUAAGGAUUUAUCUGGAAAUGAAGAUAGAGCUUAUACAACUGCUUUUAAAUGCUUAUAAUAGUUUCACUAAGGUUGAUGUUGCUGUAGCUGCUCCGGCCAAACACAUGAAGAAAGGGAGGAGAGAAGCUGAGAAUGAAAUUGAGAAGUUAGUGAGUAGAAAGAAGCAGAAGAAACAUGUGGCUGUAGCUCAAGCUGCUGAGAAAAAGAAGAUCGAUGCAAAUAGGAAGGAGAAGAAGAAUAAGAAACAAGAAAGCAGUUCCUCUGAUGAUAGUUUGAAGAAGGAUCAUAGUGAUGAAGCCUGAUCGUGCCCAUCAUCUGUGUUUGUUAUCAAUGACUGAAGCUUAUGGGUUCUGCGUUCUAUAACAAACUGUCUUUGUUUUGUGUUAGCAUUGAUCUAGCUUUUUUGGUUUGUCUGCUAGCAUAUAUGUAUAUUUUUUUGCAGCUACUAAGAUUGGCUCUAGGAUGUUUUAAAGCACAUCUUGAUGCUCCUACCAUCUUGAUUUAGACCUGACAUUGGUUUUCAGACUAAGCCUUUAUAUACAUGUGUUAUAUUUAUAUAUA